AUGGACGGUACAACUCCGACACUCUCUGCGCUAAUGCAGUUUUUGAUCUUCAACUACUAUACGCCAUACUACAGCUUCUGUACGGUGGGUCGAGAUUUUCUCAGCGACUUAGCAGUGAGCAGAAUUUUGCUGUCCGUCAACGAUCGAUUCGACUCCAAUUUGCUGCUCGCCAUCGACAAUGGUUGCCAAGCAUUCGUGGUCGAUGAACCGGGCAUUGAGAGAUUUCUACACCUCUACAUCCCCGUACACGAUGUGGCCCGGCAGCGAUCGUUGGAUAAAAGCUUGAUACUGCUAAUAACGCAACAAAAUCAAACGCUGGUGUUUGAUCGAUUACGUACGAUGGAUGUUUUUCGUGAACUACCGAACGUGCUGCUAAUCGUGUACGAUGAACAGAAGCUUCCUACGAAUCUCUACACAACGGCCGUCAGUAGCACGGAUGUGCUUGACCGGAAGGUGAACAUUACGUUGAAACAGCUUCCGAUAGAAUGGAACAACUGGAGAAAUUUCACCUUUUUCCCAGAUAAAACCAGCGAUCUGAAGGGCUAUGUAUUGCGGACGUCCGUGGUCAAUUAUUUGCCGUUUACGAGUUACGAAGUGUUGGUAUGUAUGACUUUGGCGAACGAGGCCGGUAAUGCUUUCGAUUCGGUAACGGGCAAACGAUCGAUGUGGUUGGAUGGGACGGAAUUACAAAUGCUGGUAUCCUUUUGCGAACGUCGCAAUUGUAACAUUCUGGUUUCACCAGAAGAUGAAGAUAUGUGGGGCGACGUGUAUCCGAAUGGUACUGGCAACGGGUUGAUGGGCAGCGUAGUCCAACGCCGAACCGAUAUUGCGUUUGGAGCAUUCUAUCUCUGGCUCGCGCCCUACAAUUUCUCAACCUACACGGCCACCAUUAGUCGAUCCAUGCUGACCAUGCUCGUACCGAAGCCGAAGGUGCUUCCCUUCUGGCGAACACCCUUUCUAACGUUCUCGCUGCCACUGUGGAUAACCGUGUUGGUUACACUACUUGCCGGUAUUCUAGCAACAUGGUUCGCCGGGACAGUGCGGCACCGUUUGCUGCUACAUUCCGUCGAUACCGAUCGGGCGGCGAUCGACUUGAUCGCAGAACAACUUACGCUGAGCGAUUCCGUGCUUAUGAUGGUAGGAUUCUUCGUUGCCCAAUCGUCGUCCAUUCGAAAUGAUCUUUGGUCGUGUGUUUUCUUGUUUGCCUCCCUACUGUUGGCCGGGUUUAUGGUGAGCAAUCUGUACAGUGCAGGUUUGGCUAGCAUUAUGACGGUUCCGCAGUACGAAAAAUCAAUCGACACCGUGAAGGAUUUCGCUGCAUCUGGGAUGCCAUGGUAUGGCCCCACGCCCUACUGUUUGGAUGAGAUUUGGAAUGCUAGCGAACCUCACUUGCAGCAAAUUAUUAAAACCUUCUCUUCAGUCGGGCCGGAAGAGAUGAAAAGGCUUGCGCAUGUGGGUGGCGGUGGUUUCACUAUCGAACAGGCACAGCACGGUAACUUUGCACCAAAUAACUUUCUUGAUCGGGAAUCUUCGACGACUUUCCAACCGUUGAAGGACUACAUCUAUACGCAAAACUGUGCGGCCCUGAUAACCAAUACUAAUCCUUUGCUUUCGAAUCUUAACGAGUACAUUUUACGGGUACAGCAGUCUGGAUUACUGUACCAUCUCGGCACCCAGACCGCCAUUCGGUAUCUUCCGACGGACGUGAUGCAAAACAUCGAACAAUCCAGGAUUCAUCAGCACAAUGAAGGUGCGGUAACGUUGGAAAUUGGCCAUUUUUUGGGAGCAUUCUUCAUACUGUGCUAUGGGCUAUUGUGUGCAGGGAUUGUGUUUAUAGGAGAAAUAUGGGGCACAGUGAUCAUACAACGAAUGAAUGAGAUGAUCAUAGAAAAGGGAACGAAUUUAAGUUCUGCACACGACAUGGACGGUACAACUCCGACACUCUCUGCGCUAAUGCAGUUUUUGAUCUUCAACUACUAUACGCCAUACUACAGCUUCUGUACGGUGGGUCGAGAUUUUCUCAGCGACUUAGCAGUGAGCAGAAUUUUGCUGUCCGUCAACGAUCGAUUCGACUCCAAUUUGCUGCUCGCCAUCGACAAUGGUUGCCAAGCAUUCGUGGUCGAUGAACCGGGCAUUGAGAGAUUUCUACACCUCUACAUCCCCGUACACGAUGUGGCCCGGCAGCGAUCGUUGGAUAAAAGCUUGAUACUGCUAAUAACGCAACAAAAUCAAACGCUGGUGUUUGAUCGAUUACGUACGAUGGAUGUUUUUCGUGAACUACCGAACGUGCUGCUAAUCGUGUACGAUGAACAGGAGCUUCCUACGAAUCUCUACACAACGGCCGUCAGUAUCACGGAUGUGCUUGACCGGAAGGUGAACAUUACGUUGAAACAGCUUCCGAUAGAAUGGAACAACUGGAGAAAUUUCACCUUUUUCCCAGAUAAAACCAGCGAUCUGAAGGGCUAUGUAUUGCGGACGUCCGUGGUCAAUUAUUUGCCGUUUACGAGUUACGAAGUAUUGGUAUGUAUGACGUUGGCGAACGAGGCCGGUAAUGCUUUCGAUUCGGUAACGGGCAAACGAUCGAUGUGGUUGGAUGGGACGGAAUUACAAAUGCUGGUAUCCUUUUGCGAACGUCGCAAUUGUAACAUUCUGGCUUCACCAGAAGAUGAAGAUAUGUGGGGCGACGUGUAUCCGAAUGGUACUGGCAACGGGUUGAUGGGCAGCGUAGUCCAACGCCGAACCGAUAUUGCGUUUGGAGCAUUCUAUCUCUGGCUCGCCCCCUACAAUUUCUCAACCUACACGGCCAGCAUUAGUCGAUCUGGUGUGACCGUGCUCGUACCGAAGCCGAAGGUGCUUCCCUUCUGGCGAACACCCUUUCUAACGUUCUCGGUGCCACUGUGGAUAGCCGUGUUUGUUACACUACUUGCCGGUAUUGUAGCAACAUGGUUUGCCGGGACAGUGCGGCACCGUUUGCUGCUACAUUCCGUCGAUACCGAUAGGGGGCCGAUCGACUUGAUCGCAGAACAACUUACGCUGAGCGAUUCCGUGCUUAUGAUGGUAGGAUUCUUCGUUGCCCAAUCGUCGUCCAUUCGAAAUGAUCUUUGGUCGUGUGUUUUCUUGUUUGCCUCCCUACUGUUGGCCGGGUUUAUGGUGAGCAAUCUGUACAGUGCAGGUUUGGCUAGCAUUAUGACGGUUCCGCAGUACGAAAAAUCAAUCGACACCGUGAAGGAUUUCGCUGCAUCUGGGAUGCCAUGGUAUGGCCCCACGCCCUACUGUUUGGAUGAGAUUUGGAAUGCUAGCGAACCUCACUUGCAGCAAAUUAUUAAAACCUUCUCUUCAGUCGGGCCGGAAGGGAUGAAAAGGCUUGCGCAUGUGGGUGGCAGUGGUUUCAUUAUCGAACAGGCACAGCACGGUAACUUUGCACCAAAUAACUUUCUUGAUCGGGAAUCUUCGACGACUUUCCAACCGUUGAAGGACUACAUCUAUACGCAAAACUGUGCGGCCCUGAUAACCAAUACUAAUCCGUUGCUGUCGAAUCUUAACGAGUACAUUUUACGGGUACAGCAGUCUGGAUUACUGUACCAUCUCGGCACCCAGACCGCCAUUCGGUAUCUUCCGACGGACGUGAUGCAAAACAUCGAACAAUCCAGGAUUCAUCAGCACAAUGAAGGUGCGGUAACGUUGGAAAUUGGCCAUUUUUUGGGAGCAUUCUUCAUACUGUGCUAUGGGCUAUUGUGUGCAGGGAUUGUGUUUAUAGGAGAAAUAUGGGGCACAGUGAUCAUACAACGAAUGAAUGAGAUGAUCAUGUGAAAUGUAACAUACAUAACUCCCUAUUGAACAUUAUAGUGAAUAUUGCUUACAUGCGCUUGUUGCGUUUGCAAUGAAAGCCAUACAAUGCUCCACACA